UAUAAAGUUGCUAAGCUAACGUUAGCCGACCGGUGGGCUAAAAACACACCAUCGUUUGUUGAAUUUUACCGUAUUAAAUAAUUACCGUUCAGCCAAACUCGGUUUACGUUCAUAUCAGUCGCUCUCACCGGCUGUUUUUCUCCGAUAUCAGGAAAGAUGUCUUCUGCCCCGCUUGCCCACAACCUAACACAUCAAUCUUUAUGUGUUGAGUAGCAUUGGGAUAAAGAAAAUACCCACUUGUGGAGCAGGUCUUCUUGAGAAUGUCCAUCAAGUCUGACCCAACUCUGGAGAGACAUUACAAGGGUCACAGGGACAAUGUUACAAGUGUGGACUUCAGCUGCAACAUGAAACAAAUCGCCACAGGCUCUAUGGACUCAAGUGUGAUGAUCUGGAACAUGAAACCUCAGAUGAGGGCGUAUCGUUUUGAUGGACACAAAGAUGCUGUCACUUCAGUUCAGUUUUCUCCCUCUGGCCACCUGGUGGCAUCUGCCUCCAGAGAUAAGACUGUACGUCUUUGGGUGCCCAGCCUGAAGGCUGAGUCAACAGCUUUCAAGGCGCACACUGCCACCGUGCGCAGUAUAAACUUUUCUGCUGACGGGCAGAAUCUGGUCACAGCCUCCGACGACAAGACCAUCAAAGUGUGGACUGUCCAUAGACAAAAGUUUCUCUUCUCUCUCAACCAGCACAUCAACUGGGUCCGCUGUGCCAAGUUUUCUCCAGACGAUCGUUUGAUUGUAUCGUCCAGUGAUGAUAAGACUAUAAAGCUGUGGGACAAGAACAGUAGAGAGUGCAUUCAUUCUUUCUAUGAACAUGCUGGUUAUGCAAAUCACGUGGACUUCCAUCCCAGUGGAACGUGUAUAGCUGCAGCCUGUACUGACAACUCUGUCAAAGUCUGGGACAUCAGAUCCCAUAAGAUGCUCCAGCACUACCAAGUUCAUAGCGGUGUGGUGAACAGUUUGUCUUUCCAUCCGGCUGGUAAUUUCCUCAUCACUGCAUCCAAUGACUCCACAAUGAAGAUACUGGACCUUGUAGAGGGCAAGCUACUGUACACACUGCACGGACACCAGGGUCCAGUGACCUGUGUGGCCUUCUCCAGGACAGGAGAGUAUUUCUCCUCUGGAGGUUCUGAUGAGCAGGUAAUGGUGUGGAAGAGUAACUUUGACUGCGCUGAAGGCAUCGAUGACUUCAGGCUGCAACAUAAAGCUGCUCCCAGCCUACAGGCAGUAGGCAGCUCCACGGCUCAGCCCCCCCUCACCCCCUCUGAGCACCGCAGCCAGGCCUGCGACCCCUCAGAACAUGCAAACGGUCAGGACUCCCACACAAAGAGCGUCAGUCGCAGCCAGAGCAGAGCUACUCGCUCACAGACCUUCGGACCCCUCAGCUCCAGCUCUUCCUCCAUCCACCAGACACAGACCCCGGGUUUACCGCCGCAUUCACCCCAGGCUCAAGCACAGUCCCAGGCCUCGGAUGGGGGGGUCCCUCCUGGUCUGGCCAGCACCCUGGAACACAUCAUCGGUCAACUGGAUAUUCUCACUCAGACGGUUUCGAUCUUGGAGCAGCGGCUGACGCUGACAGAGGACAAGCUCAAGGAGUGUUUGGAGAACCAGAUGGAGAUCGGUCUACAUCUCCAGAGACGUGAGGAGGCCUAAAGAUGGCGGCACCAGAGAGAGGUUGAAGUGUGGUGUGAGGGAAAUGGGGGUCACACCAACACUACUCACAGAAAGACAUCUUAGCGAACACUCCAGUUGUUACAUCUCACUGAAAAUGUGCGAUCUUGCACACUUGAACAAUGCACACUGAGCCUCACUGCUGAUGUACUGCGCCUGGUUAUAUUACAAAGAGAUAUCUGAAGUGAAGGAGUUGAACAUUAGAGAAGUUGUUCUUUUACAAGAGUGCUGAGAGAGCAGUCUGCUUUCUGCUGACAAAGGAUCUGCUGCGAGUCACUUUGUGAGUGUGCAAGUGUGUGUGUGUGUGUGUGUGUGUGUGUGUGUGUGUGUGUGUGUGUGUGUGUGUGUGUGUGUGUGUGUUUCAAUGUGUGUGCACACAAUUGUGUCCUGUGUAGAUGCAUGCAAGAGACUUUCAUACUUGCCUUUGCACUACACAUGUGGACAUCUUGAACUCUAUUUGUGUAUGUGGCGUGCAGUUCAUGCAGAAUGGCAUCAGUAGUAAACACAAAUACUUCAGUUCCCUCAACCAACAUCUCUAAAAUGCAUGAUAUUUAUUUGAGUUGUAUUGAGACCAGCACAAUCAUUUUUAAAUUGAAAAAAGAGUAAUUGGAAAGUUAUUUAAAGUGUGCUGUCUAUGGAUGCUUCAUGUUUGUUCACCUGUUUGUUGGACAUUAGUAGAAGCACUGGUUUAAAUCAACUAACUUAGCCUUUACCGCGGAGCCAACAAAGUACCUCACCAAAUUGGUAAGUUUGGUACAGUUAUUAAAGAUUAUCUCUUAUGUUAUAUUUUAUUUUCAAUAAGUCCUGGAAUUGAUUCAGACAGGGUAGGAGGGUGGCAAAGUAUUGAGAGAUGUACUAACACGUUGUUGGCUUUGGUUUUCUGAUUUGUUGAUCUUAAAACUAAAUAUAAAAUAACUUCAGUAGUUUAAAAGAUUUCGGAGUUUAUAGCAACCGAUUGUUGAAAAGAUAAAUGUGAAAGAUAAGCAUCUUGUUCCAUCCACAUACACUGUGUCUUCAACUUUUAUACUCUGAAAGUAACUGAUUGUUUACUUACUUAAUAAAUAUGUUUCACUCGUACCUCUGACUUGAAAUUAGCUGAUGAGAGGAUUGCUCUUUCACAACCCUGAGCUCUGUUUGUUUAACGACUGAAAGAGAGUUUGUUUUCAUAAUCGUUGCCAAAUCGAUGAUGUCACCCGGUUACUUUUAAGAGAGUGUUUCCUGCUCUGAUUGGCCCACAGAGCCCGAG